AUGAAGAUGUUAACUAAAUUCGAAUCAAAGUCCACCAGGGCCAAGGGUAUUGCCUUUCACCCCUCCAGACCAUGGGUUUUGGUGGCUUUGUUCUCUUCUACUAUCCAAUUAUGGGAUUAUAGGAUGGGAACAUUACUUCACAGAUUUGAAGACCACGAAGGCCCUGUUCGUGGGCUAGAUUUCCAUCCAACCCAACCUAUUUUCGUUUCGGCAGGUGACGACUAUACCAUCAAAGUCUGGUCCUUAGAUACUAACAAAUGUCUAUAUACCUUAACUGGACAUUUAGAUUAUGUCCGUACCGUGUUUUUUCACCGUGAAUUGCCUUGGAUCAUAUCCGCUUCUGAUGACCAGACUAUAAGAAUCUGGAACUGGCAAAACCGUAAGGAAAUUGCAUGUUUGACUGGCCACAAUCAUUUUGUCAUGUGCGCCCAAUUUCAUCCAACUGAUGACCUAAUCGUUUCUGCUUCUUUGGAUGAAACCAUCAGAAUUUGGGAUAUUACCGGUCUAAGAAAAAGACAUUCUGCUCCUGGUACUAGUUCAUUUGAGGAGCAAAUGAGUGCCCAACAAAAUCUUUUGGAUGGCUCUCUUGGUGACUGCGUUGUUAAGUUCAUUUUAGAGGGUCACACAAGGGGUGUCAACUGGGCCUCUUUCCAUCCAACUUUACCAUUGAUUGUCUCCGCCAGUGACGACCGUCAAGUUAAGUUAUGGCGAAUGAGUGCCACGAAAGCUUGGGAGGUUGAUACUUGCAGAGGUCACACUAACAAUGUUGAUAGUGUCAUUUUCCACCCACAUCAAAACUUGAUUAUUUCUGUCGGCGAAGAUAAAACCCUAAGAGUUUGGGACCUUGACAAGAGAACUCCAGUAAAGCAAUUCAAAAGAGAAAACGAUAGAUUUUGGUUAAUUGCAGCACAUCCUCAUAUCAAUCUAUUUGGUGCGGCUCAUGAUUCUGGUAUUAUGGUUUUCAAGCUCGAUCGCGAAAGACCAUGCAGCUUUAUCCAUCAAAACCAAUUGUUUUUCGUCAAUGCGGAGAAGCAAAUCCAAAGUUUCAAUUUCCAAAAAAGAGUCGCUUCAUUACCUUAUGCCUCACUAAAGGGCAUUGGUCAACCUUGGGAUGCAUUCAGAAGUAUAUCGUACAACCCCUCUCAACAUUCCGUUUUGGUUAAUGAAGCCAAUGGCAAAUUUGCUCUCGUUAUUUUACCAAAACAACCCGUUGGAGCCGUGGAACCAACAAGCGUCACCCAAGAUACAGGUAAUUAUGCUACUUUUGUUGGUCGUAAUAGAUUUGUUGUUUACAACAAGAAUACUGAAUCUGUGGAAGUCCGUUCUCUCGAAAACAAAGUUACAAGAAAUAUCAAAGUAGAAGAAACGGUGAGAACUAUUGUGGCUGCUGGCCCCGGAUCUGUUUUGGUCAUACACCCUAGAGAAGUUAUUCUUUACGAUGUACAACAGGGCAAAAAGGUGUCCCAAUUGGCUGUUAAAAACGUUAAGUACGUUUCCUGGUCCUUAGAUGGUCAAUAUGUUGCAUUAAUGAGUAAGCAUACCAUAACUUUGGCUACCAAAAAGCUAGAAUUAAUUAAUUCUAUGCAUGAAACCAUUAGAAUCAAAAGUGCUGCUUGGGAUGAAACUGGUGUAUUAGUUUAUUCAACCUUGAAUCAUAUAAGGUACUCACUAUUAAACGGGGAUAGAGGUAUUAUCAAGACUUUGGAAAAAACUUUGUAUAUCACAAAGGUCCAAGGAAAAUUAGUUUACUGCUUGAACCGUGACGGUGAAAUUGAAAUUUUAACUAUUGAUCCUACGGAAUACCGCUUUAAAAAGGCCCUAGUUAACAAAAACUUCCCAGAAGUUUUACGUCUGAUAAAAGACUCUAAUUUAGUUGGUCAAAAUAUCAUUUCCUAUUUGCAGAAAUCAGGUUAUCCAGAGAUUGCUUUACAAUUCGUUCAAGAUCCACAUAUCCGUUUUGAUUUAGCUUUGGAAUAUGGUAAUUUGGAUGUUGCCUUAGAUGAAGCCAAAAAACUGAAUGAUUCUAGUGCUUGGGAAAGAUUAAACCAAGAAGCCUUGGCGCAAGGUAAUGCCAGCUUAGCUGAAAUGAUUUAUCAAACCCAGCAUUCUUUUGAUAAGCUUUCCUUCCUGUAUUUGGUUACAGGUGACGUUAACAAACUGUCUAAAAUGCAAAAUAUUGCCCAGACCCGUGAAGACUUUGGAAGUAUGUUGUUAAACACUUUUUACAACAAUUCUACCAAGGAAAGAUGUCGCAUUUUCGCCGAGAGUGGUUCUCUACCAUUAGCUUAUGCCGUAGCAAAGGCUAACGGAGAUGAAGCAGCAGCUUCUACUUUUCUAGAGCAAGCUGAAAUUGACGAGCAAGACGUCACUUUACCAGAUCAGAUCGAUGCCUCCGAUUUCGUUCAAAGGCCAGUGAUCUCAAAGCCACUUGAAAAGUGGCCAUUGAAAGAGGCUGAACUAUCUUAUUUUGAAAAGGCCGUUUUAGGUCAAAUUGACGAUUUGGAUAUAGAUGAUGAAACUCCAGCAGUAAACACCACUCAAGAGCAGGAAGAACCACUCGCUGAAGAAAGCUUCAACGAUAUGGAUAUUGGUGAAGACGAAGGUGCCUGGGAUUUAGGUGAUGAAGAUUUAGAUGUGGGAGAAGAGCUACCUGAGGAAGUUGAGCAAGGCGAAAUUUCUUCUCCAGCACAGGAAGCUGAAACAGCCAUUUGGAUCAAGAAUUCUAAACUGCCUGCUGUCUUAGUUGCUGCUGGUGCCUUUGAUGCUGCCGCUCAAGCUUUGAGCAAACAAGUGGGUGUUGUCAAACUGGAACCAUUAAAAAAGUAUUUCACCAACAUCUAUGAGGGUUGUAGAACAUACAUGCCUAGUACGCCUUGUGAACUUCCUGCUCAAUUAGGUUAUAUCAGAGCCUAUGAUGACACGGUAAGUGAAGACCAAAUUCUUCCAUACGUUCCCGGUCUUGAUAUCGUCAAUGAGAAAAUGAAAGAGGGUUACAAGAACUUUAAACUGAACAAACUGGAUGUUGCAAUCGAAUGUUUCAGAGAAGCCAUCUACCGUAUUACGCUAUUAAUGGUUGAUGAUUCUGAAGAUGAAAAAUUAGCUCACAAUAUACUGGAAACUGCUAGGGAAUAUAUAUUAGGUUUAUCCAUUGAAUUGGAACGCCGCUCAUUAAAAGAGGGAAAUACUGUACGCAUGCUUGAACUAGCUGCAUACUUUACGAAAGCAAAACUUUCCCCGAUUCAUCGUACCAAUGCUCUGCAGGUGGCUAUGUCGCAACAUUUCAAGCACAAAAAUUUCUUACAGGCCUCAUAUUUCGCAGGUGAAUUUUUAAAGAUUAUUUCUUCUGGUCCUCGUGCCGAACAAGCGCAUAAAAUCAAAAACAAAGCUGAUUCAAUGGCCAGUGAUGCCAUUCCAAUUGACUUCGAUCCUUAUGCUAAAUUCGAUAUUUGUGCAGCCACUUACAAACCAAUUUAUGAAGAUACGCCUUCCGUCUCUGACCCAUUAACAGGUAGUAAAUACGUUAUCACAGAAAAGGAUAAAAUAGAUAGGAUUGCUAUGAUUUCUAAAAUCGGUGCACCUGCAUCCGGAUUAAGAAUACGCGUGUAA